AUGGAAAGCGAAAAACAAACUACUGAGAGAGAGACGCCGCCUCAGCACUGGAGAAGUUGCAAGUUGAUUAUUGACCCCGCAUUAACAAAAGGACUGUACAAAGUAUACCGUUAUGAUGGACAAUGUUUUAACAUACCCGACUUAGGUUUGUUUCCUGUGGAUACAGUCAGAGAUCCCCGCAUCUGCCGCCUGUGGAGCAAAUGCAACAGGACUGAUUUGCUGGUGCCUAAAUUUAAGAUUGAUGAAUGCUACGUUGGCCCUAUUCCUCCCAAAGAGGUGACAUUUACCAGGUUGAAUGACAAUGUAAGAGAGGCAUUCUUGACUAAUAUGUGCAACAAGUAUGGCCACGUUGAAGAAGUGGAAAUAUUCUACAAUCCUAAGAACAAGAAGCAUUUAGGAAUUGCGAAAGUUGUGUUUGACACAGUGGGGGCUGCAAAGGACGCUGUACAACACCUCAAUCAGACAUCAGUGAUGGGAAAUAUUAUUCGUGUGGAAAUUGAUCCAAAAGGUGAAAACAGGGUGCGUUAUCUUCAGCUUCUCUUACGUGGCCUCUAUACUCCUUGGACAUUACCAGUGAGCGGCAGUGACCGAAGUCUCCAAAGCUUACUCAAUAGUCUUCUGCAACAAGGGAAUGUCUCCAGCCCCAUCAGCAUCGCUUCACCUCUCUCUCUCGACACAGCCUAUUCCAGUAUUUGGCAGGAUACACCUUGCAGCUUUGGGCUUACACCAUAUUCUCAGGGAACCCCCCGUACUCCUUGCUUGUCUGCGACUCCUCUCUCCCAGGACUCUUGUUACUCCAGUCUUCAAGCGACUCCUGUCCUCCAGGGGGAGCCCUCCACUUAUAGUGUUCACAAACCUUUAAGACGAGACCUCUGCCAUCGAAAACUUGCAAGGUACCACAGGGGAUCCGGUGAAGUCUCAGAUGUGAGUUUGAUUUUGAAGCAUUGCCAACCACAGACACCGCUUCCUCUCUCUGCUCAACCUAGCAGCCAGCAGUUUGCACUGUGGGGUCAGGAUGGACAAACCUCUGAACACAAUAACACAGAGCCUUCUUUUCACCCUGCCUCUCCUGGUGAGGAUGUGGUUGCCACUACCUCUAAGGCUUUACCUCUGAACUGCAAUUCUCUCAGCAUUUUGAGCAUUAAUUUCACAGCUGACAGGCAGACAACAGCAUCCUCCCCACGUGAUGACCAAGCGUGCAUAACAGAGUUGUCUCCAUCUGCUGUGAACUAUUCCUCUAGCAGCCCCCAACCAGAGGCAGAGAGCUUGGACUCCCGCAUUGAAAGUUUACUGAUCAACAGUCAGAGUACGGACACAUCAUACUUUCUUGGAAAAAAUUUGGAAACUGAUGUGCGCUCUCAGGACGGCCUGACUUCCCCUUGCUCAGCUAAUUUCUCAGAUGACUCCCUUCUUUGCAGUCGGCCUUUUUUUGGGUCCUUAGCACCCGACCAGCAGGGUUCCUGCAGGGAUCUGGAGGACGGCAGUCUGACGUCCCUCCCUGAAACUGAAGAGGAUGAAACUAUCCAAGCUGUUUCUUUUCUAACAAAUAACCCUAUGUCUCCCACGCCAUCGGAUUUCACACGUUUUGAAAGGAGGCCUAAUGUAAACAGAAAAGAUGCAGAAAGUUCCAAGGAUCUCUAUUUAUCAAAUAAGGAUAAGGAGCACCCCAAAACUGUGACACCCACAAAAGAUAUCUUCUCUCUUCCACCACCCCCAUCAUUUUCUUCUCUCAAUAGCAUCACUCAACUUCUUAACUCCAAACCUCCUCCAGUCCCACUUCGCCUGCCAAAUGGCACCAUCCCCAUUCCCCCUCCAAGUUGGAUCCCGACUCCAGACCGUCACACUCGCAUCCCCGUUCCUCCUCCUCCUAUUCCACCUCCUCCCUGUAUUCUUCCACCUCCUGGUUUUUUGGGACCUCCUCCACCUCUGAUGGCACCACCCGCUGUUCCACCACCUGUAUGCCCCUUACCUUUACAACCUGCAGGCCCUCUGGACAUGAGCAAUCCUCCACCACCCUUACCUUUCUGUCGACCACCCUGGCCUGCUCCACCUUUUCCUAGGUUCAACCCCUUUGUGCCGCCACCAGAUUACACACAAGUUAGGGAAAACCCUCAUAAGGUCACAGUGGAAAAGGUUUUAGAAGUGAUCGUUGAUGAACUCAAGUCAAUCAUUAAGAAAGACAUUAUACGCAGAAUGAUUGAAGGGGUUGCUUUCAAGGCAUUUGAGGACUGGUGGGACUGUCAGGAGAAGAACACAAAAGUAAAAAGGAAAAGAGAUGAUGAUCCUGCUGCAUCAGAGGAGAUAGAAAAUGAAAGUGCUGCUUUAGAUGUGAAACAGGAUGAUGACAUAAUGGAACCAGCAUCCCAGAGACCUAAACGCAGACAUGGCAGACCACAUGUGCUUGACAGUGAUGAAGAUGAAGAGAAAGAAGAAGAUAACACACAUCAAGAUGAAGAGAUCAUAUCAGAGAAAGUUGACCUGAUUGCACCGGUUGAUGAUGAUCUUCAAAUUUUGAGUGACAGAGAUGAUCCUGAUGAUGGUGAUGACAGCAAUCAUCAUGAUGAAGAAAAGGAGGUGGUACAAAAACUCACUGAGAAUCAAGAUGUGGUCAUCUCUCCGAUGCAAUACUCAGAUAGUGAGACUUUUUCAGAGAGCAGCUCCUCAGAGGAAAGCGACUGCUUGUCAGACUUGGACUCCUCUGACUCGCUCUCCUCAGAGAGCUUUGAGGACUCGCCUUACUCUGACCUCAGUCCUGAAGAUGAGGAUAUGGAAGACGGUGAUGAGCACGACAGGACCGCUGAGUGUAUCGUGAUAUCGUCAGAUGGGGAGUCGAUGGACCUCGAGCCUCCUGCCACCCCAUCAGCUCCCCUCACUCCUGGUUCUCAUUUGGAGUUGGACCUGCAGGAUUGGUCAGAUCCAUUUAGCAGGGAAGAGCCCGAGGGGAACCAGUACACAAGUCAACAAGGCCCAGAUAUCAUGAUGGAGCUGCAAACCAGCGGAACACAGGACCUUCAUCCACCAUCACCAAUUGGACUCUCAGCAGUGGAGCCUGACAUUGACAUGGAGAUGGAGAGCCCUGAAUGGACAGUGGAGUCUCUAGAAAACAUAGAAAACUUGAGGCCCCUCACUCCCACUGGCUGCAUGGUCGACAGUGACCCUGAAAUCCUGAUAAGAAGCAAACCAACAUCUCCAGCUGUGGAGGAGGUGGAACGACCACAGACACCAGGCAAGGGAAUAGUAGCUGAACUAGGAAGUGAGGACUCAGCAGAUGAAGUCCACUCCCCAAUAGGCAGUGAGCUCAUUCUGGCUUCCUCUGAUCCACCAGGCCCCUACUUAUUUUACCAGGAUAUGCCCAAAACUCCUGGAAGAGAAAAAAGAAGUGGACAGUUUCAGUACCACUCUGGGAGAGCCCCAACAACUCAAGGCAGAGAGACAACUGUAUUAGAAGGUAGCUCAGUAAUAUUUUCCCCUCUGAGCAGCCCACCACCUAUUUCAUCACUGUCCACACAUCCAUAUAUCACAGCCCCAAAGACUCCUGGAAGAGACAUAAUCCUACCACAAAGAACCAUAGUCCAUAGGAGGAAGACACAAAUGGUGAACAAUUCACAACCUCUUUUAUGUGAUGAAUUCCUUGAAGCGUCCCCUCCAUGCAGCCUCUCUGAGUCUUCAUCUGAUAGUACUGAUGGCAGUGGCGUGUGGAUCAACUCAGGUGUGAGAGCGAAGCCCUUGCAGGGACUGGAAAAUAUGCCAGGCCUUCUGGAUGAGGAGAAUAGGAGAGAGGCGAACAAGUCUUUAUCAAGGCGUAAACACUGGAAGAAGCUAAAGAGGAGAUGGAGAAUUCAUCAACGGCAGAAAUCCCUUCAAAGAAUCACUGGGUCAGUCUUCUCUCACAGCCGUCCUCACAGGUGGCGUUCGCUGUGUGAGGAGAGGAGGAUCCUUCACAUGGUUUGGAAGGAGGGUCUGGAUGAAGAAGAUGCAAGGCUGCUGCUGUGUACAUAUGAACGCCUGCAGGGACAUUAUGAUGGCUUUGGCUGGCUGAUCUUAACAGAGAAGAAUGAGGAACACCAACUUUGGCAGCCAAACCACAAGACUGGCUCCGCCCGAAGUGAAGGUUUCUACAAAAUCAGCCAGAAGGAUAAAAUGAAAUACCUCAACAACACAAAGCUGGUGACCGAGCUUCCAUCUACAAGCACUCAGGGAAUCUGCAUCCCAGCCCAGACGACCUCACUACGUGCAGGAUCUGAUUUCAGGUCUGAACAGCGUCGCCUGCUGUCUUCCUUCAGUUGUGAUAGUGAUCUGGUCAAAUUCAAUCAGCUCAAGUUCCGAAAGAAGAGGAUCAGUUUCAGCCGAAGUCACAUCCAUGAGUGGGGCCUGUUUGCCAUGGAGCCCAUCGCAGCAGAUGAGAUGGUGAUUGAGUAUGUCGGCCAGAUUAUCAGACAGGUCAUUGCUGACAUGAGGGAGGAGAGAUAUGAGGAGGAGGGCAUCGGAAGCAGCUAUUUGUUCCGUGUUGAUCAGGACACCAUCAUUGAUGCCACCAAAUGUGGGAAUUUAGCUAGGUUUAUCAACCACAGCUGCAAUCCUAACUGCUAUGCAAAGAUCAUCACUGUGGAGUCUCAGAAGAAGAUCGUGAUAUAUUCUCGGCAGCCAAUAAGCAUCAACGAAGAGAUCACAUAUGACUACAAGUUUCCCAUUGAGGAAAUAAAGAUUCCUUGUUUGUGUGGAGCAGAUGGCUGCCGGGGUUCCUUGAACUAA